AUGGCUCAGACUAUGGAGGACACUUUGGAUGUGAGCGGACAGCCACCAAGGUUAUCCAAAGUGGCUUCUACUGGCCCACACUUUCUAAGGACUCUAGAGAGUUUCUCUGUAAAUGUGACAGUUGCCAAAGGGCUGGAAAUCUCCCUCAUGAGGACAGUAAGCGUCUCUAGAGAAGAUUGGGCUAGAAAGCUUGAUGAUGCUCUGUGGCCAUACAGAACAGCUUUUAAAAUCCCCAUUGGACCAUCGCCAUAUCAACUGGUGUAUGGAAAAUCCUGUCAUUUGCCAGUGGAACUAGAACACAAGGUCUAUUGGGCAACUAGAUUCCUCAACCUUGAUGCUAAAGCAGCUGGAGAAAAAAGGCUACUUCAACUAAAUGAGUUGGAUGAAUUCCGACUAGUUGCAUUUGAAGAUACAAAGAUCUAUAAAGAAAAAGCAAAAAGGUGGCAUGACAGGAAGAUAUCUUCCAGAGUCAUUGAACUAGGACAAAAGGUCCUGCUCUUCAACUCAAGACUUAAAUUAUUCCCUAGGAAACUCAAAUUUUUUCGCUGGAAGGGACCGUAUGUGAUUACUAGUGUAUCACCUUACGGGCACAUAGAACUUCAGGGUAAAGAUCCGGACAACAGGUUCACUGUCAAUGGGCAAAGAGUCAAGCAUUACCUUGAAGGAGAUAUUGAGAUCACUGGGCAGAGAGUCAAGUGCAAAUUCGAAAGAGAGGCUGGGAGAUUCUAG